GGAGGAGGAGUAUGUGACGUUACCAGAGUUUGCUGUGAUUAAAAUUGGAAACGCAAUUGGAAAAUCAACGUAUUUUGACAGUAAUAAUAGUGCGGUUUUUUUAAAUAUUGCCACAUGACCUAUAUCGGGGAUUUAGAUCUACCUUUCAAGGGGCAAAUAUCUGCAUACUUGCGUCCUUGGAUUCAAAAUGGUGGUCGAAAUGCCAAAUUUCUGCAAAUGCAGACGAUAAAUCGACUGUAAAUACUACUAGAAGUUCUUCUCAUUUGAAUUUACUUGAUAGAGAGAUCUCAGUCCACAAUCUUUGCACAGUCAAUCAUUGAAAGGUAGACCAGACCAUGGAUGGCAAUUGCGAGAGAAGCAUCAAGGAGGCGUUAGACAAGAAGAUUGCUUCUUUAAAUCUCAGCCACCGGAAUCUAUCAGUGGUGCCCAGUAGCUUGGAUAAGUUACAUCAUCUAACUCACCUAAACCUAAACAACAAUAGACUACUCAUGCCACCAGUGGAGUUGGCCUCACUACAAGGUCUUGAAGAAUUGACUUUGGACCACAAUCAGCUGUCUACGCUACCAACUGCCAUCAGCACUCUGACAAACCUCACAUAUCUCAAUGUCAGCUCUAAUCCAUUGGGAACCUUGCCAUCGGAGAUCGGAUUGCUUGUAAACUUAAAACAAUUGUGGGUUGUUGAUAAUCAGUUGGGUUCACUUCCACCUGCAAUGGGCUCUUUAAAGUAUUUGGAAAAACUUAGUGUCCGUAAAAAUAACAUCCGGGAUUUACCAGAGGAGCUUGGUGAUUUACACUGCUUACAAUGGUUAUGUGUUGCUGAGAACAAACUAUUCUGUCUUCCAAAGACUUUUCACAAUUUAUGUGAUUUGGUUUAUCUGAAUAUUGAUGGAAAUGAGUUUCAAGAAGUACCUCGUUGCUUGGCUGAACUGAAGCAUUUAGCCACAGUGUGUGCCAGGAACAACCAGGUGAGGUCCGUCUCUGAUGACAUGAUUCUGGAACUAGCAGAUCUGAGCAAGCUGGAUCUUCGAAACAAUGUGAUAAAGCAGCGGCCCACACAUUGGAGGGCUUUCAAUCACAUUCUUCUCGGAGACAACUAUGAUGGGGGCGAUGCCGUGGCCACAAAAAUGUCCAUACCUGCAGAGGGAGAUAAGGCUGAGGAGGAAAGUGACAAGGAUUCUGAUAUUGAUGAAAUCAAAAGACGACCACCACAGUUUGUGACACCGAGGGAACAAAAACUCGAACCGCCAAAGACUCUUCACUGAUAUGAGACAUUCUAUGAUUAUUUGCUCAAAGUUUAUUAUAUUGCUAUAAGAAAGAUUUCUGCUCUAAUUUUGGGUUUGAGGAGAAGUGUUUAAGCUGUUGUUGUUCAUCGUGACCCAUGAGAUAAAGUGAUUCUAGGGCAGAUAGAUGUAGGCCUAUACAUGUAGUCAGUAGAAUAUAUUGCUCUUAUCUUGCCAUUUUAAACCCUGGUGAUCCAAGUUCUUUUGGUUUUGCUUACCAAAACAGUGAUGAUAUGAAUAGAUUUUUUAAUUGCUUUUGGUCCAUUGUGGAUGUAUACUGUUCUAUGCAUUUGACUCGGAAAGAUGCUGCCCACACAGUCAGUUAUGAUGUUGAUUGUGAUGUGUUUAUUUUGUUCUACUCUAGUCUAAAAAGCUGUAUUCUAAUGAGUUGUGAUAUUCACCCCCCCCCCCCCCCCCUCUUCCCUGGAAUGUGUUCUGUAUAAUAGAAUGCUGAAAACAACAGCACCCCUUUCAGUUGGGAUAUAUCUGGAAUGUAUUCUAAUAUCGAACGCUAAAGUAUAAAUUCAUCUCUGUGUUGGAAGGAUGUCAUUG